UACAUAAUCACGUGACUGGGUGUCUUCCGGGGUAUGUGCUGCGGCUUGUCCGCAGGUUAUGAGGAUGAUUUCAGGCAAUGGAACGAGGAAGAAAGUCUGCAGGCAGCAACUGCAAGUGAGCAGCGUUUCAUCUUGUGAUGCUGACGCAUCGACUGAGAUUAAAAGCCUAUUCAGUAAAUUUAGAACCUAUCUAAAGCCGUCCAAUGAGGAAUGGCACAGCCCUAGUGCCAAUGUCGCCCUCAGACCACACGCAAAAGUAGAAAACCGCCGCCUUCAGGCCCUUAAGGUGUCCCUCAAUGCUGUGAAGAACCAGCUCAGUGACAAGAACAUCGAAGUGUGGCAUAACCACACCAACUCCACCAACCGGGCUGGGAAGGUCAUCGCCACAGUGCGCUCUGCUGCCAACGCGGAAAUCUGCACUCAGGCAUGGUGUAAGUUCUAUGAGAUCCUGGGAACAUUUAAUCUUCUUUCUGAGGAGGCACUGCACUCUGGGGAGCUCAACACGGUUCACCUAUGCGAAGCUCCCGGGGCUUUUAUAAGCGCCUUGAACCACUACGUCAAAACCUGCGAACGCACGCGCUAUUGCGACUGGAGCUGGGCCGCCAACACGCUCAACCCGUACCAUGAGGCCAACGCGGGUGGCAUGACCAUCGCCGAUGAUCGGUUAAUCGCCAACACUCUGCCGUGGUGGUUUUUCGGGUCCGACAACACUGGCGACAUCAUGCUCCAAAAGCACCUACUGGAGCUGCAGACGUUUGUGGCAAACAUGCGGCGAGUGGAUCUGGUGACGGCGGACGGGAGCUUCGACUGUCAGGAGAACCCCGAUGAGCAGGAGGCGCUGGUGUCGCCGCUGCAUUAUUGCGAGGUGACGGCCGCGCUGCUGCUCCUCAGCCGUGGCGGCUCCUUCGUGCUCAAAAUGUUCACUCUGUACGAACACUCCUCUGUCUGUUUGCUCUACCUGCUCAACUGCUGCUUCCGUUCCGUGAGCGUCUUCAAACCAGCCACAAGCAAGGCGGGCAAUUCCGAGGUUUACGUCGUGUGCCUCCACUACGAUCACAAGGAGGCCGUGAGGCCUCUGCUCUCCAAGCUCAUCCGAAAUUACGGACCGCAUCUGGCGGAGAGAGAGGCGCUCUUCCCGGAAUCCUCCAUCCCGCCAUCGUUCCUCGCGCAGCAUGAAGAGAUGUGCACGUACUUUCAUACCCUGCAAGUUGAGACCAUCACAGAAAACUUAAGAUUGUUUGAAGGAAUGAGCACCGAGCAGAGGGAGAGGCUCGACUACAUAAGGGAUUGUGCCGCUCAGGAAUACUUGCAACGUUUCCAGGUGAAAUUCCUUCCCCGGAGUCGCUGGAUCUCCCGCAGCGCCAUCAGCCCCGCCUACUGCCACGGCUCAGCGGGCCGACCUCUGGGACCAAAGAAGCAAGCGGCAGGCUCCUUCAACGAGCGCAGGGAAUUGCAGACCCUCGGCUGGAAGGAGCGCGUCGAAAGAGGUUGCCAUGCCGACUGGAUACAGCGGCACUGCCGUGAGACGGAUGGGCCGGACUGCGUGCUGCGAGGACCCCUGUCCGGGUGUCACGUGGAUUCCUGGUACAUCGUCGUCGGCGCAGUACUGCCCGCGGUCAGAAACUCUGCGUUCUGUUCUAGAGUCUUGUUAAACUAUCUGACUGAAGCACAGCUGGCGUCAGCUGGGAGAGACUUAAAUCAAGUGCUUCCAUGUGACGCGUGCCACACGGUUAGCGCCGUGUCCAUCUUGUCAGACGUUGCGGGUCUUUGCACUGAUAAUAACGGGACGAAAACGAAAAGGCAGUGUAUGGUGUUCGGUAGCCGCUCGGAGUGGGACGCCAGUGGGAGCCAAAUCGAAGAGCUGCUUCUCACAUUUCCUUCAGAGAGUUCGUAUCCUCAAGGAGGCCACGGCGCGUUGCACGACGGAGCGCCGGCGUACCAGCAUCUGUUCGUCAGCCGUGUCGUGAUGUCCCUGCAGAGGCUGACCUCUGGAGAUGCCCUGUUGCUGCUUGUGCCAUCCGCGCUCACCCGUGUCUCGGCUGCGUCGGUGCUCUGCUUGCACGCUUGUUUUCGCUCAGUCAAGUUCAGGUGCCCGCCCCCGUCAGGCGGCGUCGGGGCAGUGCUCGUAUGUGCAGGAUUUUGCCCUUCAGCUGCGGCCCAAAUGCUGCCGGCUUUGACAGAAGUCCAAAACUGUAUUGGUGAAUUGCUGAAAGGCGAGGACUCGAGUCAACGCCAGCGAGCUUGUGAUAAACAGGUGCUCCAAUUUGUGCCCAUGGAGGAACUACUUAAUGGAAGCUUGACUGACUUCCUGUGGACCAUGAACUCUGAAAUCAUGCGACACACGCUGCAUUUGCUCAUGCAGACAUAGAACGGGCGCGACUAUACCAGUUAAUGCCUUAAGAAGCGUUAUUUUAUAUUCAUAUGGAUUAUUUUUAAAUUAAGUUUUUUGCAUCCUUGAGUAUUUUUGAGGGUGCUGUCAUAUGUGGAAAUAUACUGUAUUUGUGUUAUCAGAAGGCGGUUGAGUGGUUAGUGCGUCGACAUCACAGUGCAGACGUACCGGGUUCGAUUCCAGCUCUGGCCUUUCUUUGUAGAGUUUGCAUGUUCCCCAGUGCCUUUGUGGGUUUUCUCUGGGUUCUCCGGUUUCCUCCCACGUUCCAAAAACAUGCAUGACAGGUUAAUGGAAAUACUCUAAAUUGUCUCUGGGUGCGAGUCUGAGCGCGGAUGGUUGUCUAUCUCUGUGUGCCCUGCGAUUAGCUGGCACCCGGUUCAGGGUGUCCCCAGCGUACUGCCUGAAGAUAGCUGGGAUGGGCUCCAGCACCCCCCGCGACCCUUGUGAGGAUAAGCAGAUCAGAAAAUGGAUGGAUGGAUUUGUGUCAUCAGAUUCAGAAUCUGAUUUACUAAUACUGAGUGUUAUUACCCUCAAAACAUAAAGCAGUGUCUUUUUAGUUAAAAAAAAAAAUCAGCCUUGAGCUGUCGAUUCAACAUUCAUGUCAAAAUUCUGCAAAAUAUCACUUGUCGGUCACGAGAAAGAAGCCUGGCCAAAGCAAUCAUUGGAGCCGUCAUCCAGCGUAAGUCAACAAAGGAAGUUAAUAUGAUUGACUGGCUUUGGAACCUGCUGCCAUCGACUGCUUUGGUCUGGUGAAUCUCAAGUUAGGUUUUGAAGCUGAAUGUUGAAUUUGAUUGCAGCUGGAUUUUGAUUGUUUUUUUUCUCCCUCUUUGAGAUGAAAAGUGUUUAUAGAAUAUUUUGAUGGUAAUAAAAUUCAGUCUUAGUGAUUCAAAAUCUGUCGGCAUAGAUUUACUUAAAUAAUCACGUCACAUAUUACGCAGAAUGGGUCCCAAUUACCUGGAGCAAUGAACCUUAAAGCUCUGAAGUUUUUUUUUUUUUUUUGGGUCAUAUUUGCUGAGACUGUCAGUAUAAACCUGACAGUAGUACAUUUGUAAAAUACGAGAGGGGGGAAAAGAUCAUCCCACUGCGGCUCCAUCGUUUACCCUUAAAUUGAUUAUUAAGACACCACUGUGCCUGGGUAAGAGUAACCAAUCGGACAGAAAGCGUAACCGACAAGGUUACAUUCGUAGGUCUCUCAUUGGUCACUGACAAGCCACACCCCCUGCAGCCUUGUGCUGACAUGUUAGUUUGGGAUCAGUGAAGUGAGGUUUCAUUCAAAUCUUCCUAAGCGUUUUAAAACUGCAAAUUCCUUUACAUAGAACUGCAGAAGUUGUUCCUGCAUACGACUUUCUUUUUCUUUGAAGUUGUGGGCUUUUCUUCCUCUCUCUCAUUAUUUGCACUUUCCCCUCCAGCUCUUGAAAUGAAUUGUUUUUUUUUUUGAUUUUCUUGUUAGUUUCGUUUUUCCCCAUAUGUGACCUAGACGAGCGGUCAACAGAGCAGUUACCUUUUUCAGACUUUUUCUUUUUCUUCCACUCAUUUGUGGUUGGGAACGCUGUGACAAAUGAUUGACACCUCCUCAGUCAUGCCUUCUGUCUCUGAUAGGUUGUUUUUCCUCGGACAUGCUUGUUUCUUGCAUAUCAAAUUAGAGGCACAAAAUGGGGCCGUCAAAACCAAUUACUUUUUAUGGAUCAUAUUUAUCAUUCAUGAAUUACUUUCAAGUAAUAAUGACUGUUUUAACAAAUGUGACAAAAAUAAUUUAGAUGGUCUUCUGUGAUAGUUGGGGUGUCCCCCAAAGAUUUGACAUUGUUUGAAACUUUCGGGUAACUCUAUUUCAUCGGCAAACUCAGUUAAUUUAUUUUUAACCUACCUCUUUAAUGCAUUUUUGAAAUACUAUAUUCAUUUCUAAUAUAAAUUGUGAGAGAGCUGAGACGUCAAAGAACAAAUUGUUAAGCGUAAGAAGGCAGAAUGUUCGUUUGUCGUCAUGUUCUGUCGGAUUGUCACAGUCCAAAUUAAACUAUUCAUCUUGCCAUUGUAUGUUUAUUUUUUGUGGGUGGGAUAAACAACAACAAAAUGAAAACAUUUCGAAAAUAAACGGAUGUGGCUCUUGAGCCGAUCGUUAUCUACUACAACUCGGUGAAGAUCCUUUCAAUAUGCUUUUAAUUCAAAUGUGUCAAAAAAGGCUAUAAUGAUUUUCCUCAAAUUCUCAUCCUCAGAUGAUUCUCCAUUGUGAGACAAAAAGAGGAUUUCUGAUCUUAUCUCCUGCAAGCUUUUUUGCAACUGUCCUUGUCAGUUAUAGAUUACAAUGUAUAGCAGCAUAUUUAGCCGGCAAAUACCAGAAUUCAUGGACUCAAAUAACACAUGUCAUGUGGCCGCCAUCAAAAGCAGCAACAUCUUAUGUUUUGUUUUAUUCAUAAUUUGUAAGAGCUUCUCUAUGUCAAAAGCUAAAGGAUUAGACAUGCAUGCAUCAAAUUCUUUUGCAUCCGUACGGCACACAACUGAAAGUUGCUUUCAGUACAACUCAUGCAUAGCUGUAGUCACGAGGGGUUUUUAGGGGAGAUUUGAACAAACAAAAUGUCCCCGGUGCAGAGUGUCGAGCCUCCUGUCAGUCACAGAUGGUUAGUGAGCCACUAUGGCUUACCCUAGAGUGCUCGUCGUCUCCAGCAAAUGCAUUAUUUCGUCCCAGGACGCGGUGAUGCUUUUUUUUUGUCUUUUGGCCAUUGUUAUGGUUGGAUGCCGGGUUUACCAUUUUAUUUCUUCAUUUUCAGGAAAGUGAUGAAUAUAGCAUGGUUACUUUACACUGGAUAGGAAAGUCUACAUACCCGUUUUUGAAUUGCCAGGAUUGUGUGAUGUGGAAAAAAAAUCUUUUCAAUUAUAGGGACCCACAAGUUGCAGCUUGCAGGACCAAUAUGAAAAUGACUGAAAUAGUGUAUGCAGAUAAAAAUAAAUAAAUACAUAUAUAAAAUUUGGACAGAACCGAAAACCGUGAGUCAUUAUCUCGGAGUGUCUGUAGAAGAAAAAUCUACAGAUGAGGACCCGCGUGGCCGAAAGCUCUGGACCCAAAAUAGGAUAAACAAUGCAGCGAGCAGCAUGGAGGAAAAAGAGCAGAGACUAUAAGAUGGAAUGUAGGGAAGUUGAGAGCAGGUUAUUAGAUGCAUAUUGAUUCUGAACUGAACUCAAAAUACCUGGCACAGUUGUAGGCAUUUAUAUUGCGUUUUUGUCUUGUAUUGAUGGUUUCUAUAAUUGCGGCAGCAUAGUGCCAUCAAGAGGAGGAUUGAGAGUCUGGUCGGUCCCCACUGAAGAAAAUUACCAAAUGCACAGCUCGUCACUGUGUAAAAGUUUGAACACCACUAAGAAGAGACUUGGAAUAAUCCAGUCAGGAUUGACAAGGAUGGCAAAAACUACAGCGUGAGAGAUAAAAAAAAGUUCUAAGUAGAACCAUUUUUAAUCUUGGGAAGUUCCAGAAUGGAUGUUUUUAUGACAUUGAGUACAUGUAUUAAUUGUGACAUAAUGGCGCACGGUGCGGAGAACGCGCCACUGAGCAAUCGCGAGCCACCAUCCACUAUCUGUCACAGCAACACGAGGCACGCCAGCAAGUCCCUCUCUCCUCGUGCAGCUGUUGUCUGACAAAACGUUUUUGUUUCAUCAAAGAAAAAUGGAUCCUGUGAACAGAGCGAUGGGAGAUCAAUCUUCAUAUUAGGGGAGAAAGAUAUGAGGCCGGUGCCAUCUGGUUUAGGAGAUGCACACACUGCUUUUACAUUAAAAGCAGGGCUAUAAAUGAAAUGAACAGCUCUAUUUUAACUUGUUUUGAACACGACCGUAGAAUGGCUGCUGAGACAGCAGAGCUUUGCUGAGACAGCAGAGCUUCGCAGAUUUACCGUGCAGCUAACAUUUGUUUGUUCCAAGGGUCCUUUUACAGUUGUCAAAAGUGACUUUAAAGAUAUCUUUGAAUAUUCGCAUUUCUCAUUCAUCCAGGUCAUCGUAUUCUCAGGGUACUGAGUUGAAUAGGCCGCAUCGUGCUGUGAUAGUGUUUGACUGUGUUUUGGCUUAGGGCUUUGUUGUUGUCAUGCUGUCACCUUUAUUGUCUCAGAUAGGAUUGGGCAUGGCCUGAUGUCUCUCAAUAUACAAGAUGGAGUUGCUCAGUGACACGUCAGAAAGUUAAGCUUCCUUGAAUCCCUUCUACAUCCAGCCUUACUUUCGAUUCUUACUUUGUACAUUUAUAUACCGGCCCCGCUCUCUUUUAUUACUUUGUAUUUUUGUAUACAAAUGCCCAAUUCCAGUACCCUACGCUACAGUCCUCAUUGAAGUGUACACGUAGUGGAAGUGCACAUAGUGUUCCAGAGCGCAAAAGCAAGCGAAAGAAAAUUGCUGAAUUGUGACAGUGUGUGUGUCAUUAAUUUACACACAUUCAAGAUUUGAAGGUAAAAACUACUUUGUGUUGCUGCUAUAAAUGAUAGCUGAUGAACUCAGGUAUUUUCCAUAGUAUUGUGAGAAAUGUGAAAAUAGAAGGCACUAAAAAGCCUCUUUAAAAGCCAUAAUCCAAAGAAGCGGGAAUGGUGUGCUGCUGUAUCAUCAGUGGUUACACAGUCCUGCAUUUAAACCGAUAGAUAAUGUCACACACUCUUCUGUAUGUUAAUCCCUAAGACUCCGGUAUGAAAAAUAAGUACAGUAAAUAAGGCUCGUUCAAUACAAUUCAACCAAUCCCAAUAUUGUAUGCGUUUAUAAAGAGCAUCAUUCUUGGAAUCUCAAGGCUGUGGUUACAGCUUAAUGUAUGCAGUGGGGGAGACGGGGGACUGAAAAUCAUCAAUCUGUCAAUGUGACGGAUAUUUUCUGUUCAUAGACAGCAACAAGCAAUUAACCUCUGACACCUGACCUGAAUCGAAGAGUCAAUUGGUGGAAAUAUUGCAGUUAAGUGCCGUGUUUCCCCGACCAGGUUUGUGGCCUCUGUAUUAAAUCAUGUUGGAUGAUACCAGAUUGACGUCAACGUUUUCUGCGUCUGUCUUCAUAAAGCGCUAAUUGGUUGAACUCUCCUCGGGCCUUCUUACUUGGCACGACAAGGCGUGUCAUGAAAUUCAGGCAUUCGCUGGCCUCAUGGCUGACACUGACUAAAUAUAUGGCUCAGCUGUAAGAAUGAAUCCAACAAGGCUUUAAGCUAAUUGUAUAAGCUAUAUCAUAUGUUAUCUGUAUCAUGUCAUGGUCAUUUCGUCACAUCAUUGACCCCAAAACCAAACAAACUGAUUACAAUGAAUUUGAUGGAUAUCUUCAAUUAGUUCAUGAAUCAAUGACUUAUUUCACCUGAGACAUUUCAGACACCUUUUAUAGGAAUGCUUUGGGACAAGGCUCCUGAUUGUACUCCAGUCCACUAAACAAGGCCAAACAUGCCUAAUAGAAAACCGAUUCCAUUUGCUUUUGGUAUUCCUGCUAUACGAACGACCUAAUUUAUACAUUCAAACGACUUUAUCAAUACAGUCAAAUGACUUAGCAGUAUGUUCAAACAACUUAAGCAUCUUGUUCGAACGACUUUACAGAAGGUUCGAAUGACAGCCCAGUCAAAAAUGUUUAUUCCACAUUGGCAGUUCCGCACUUGUACCUACUUGUACUUUGAAUCUGUUUUGCAUUUUAUCUCAUGAAACCAUGACGGUGGAUGGUCUGUCCAACAGAGACUUCUCAACCAUGUUAUUCGCUGCCAAUGGUGUGGAAGUAAUAAAAGUGAGUUUUUGCUCAGUGGGACACAGAUCUGACAGUCAUCCGCAUAGCAGUGGAAAGAAAUACUGUGUUUCCUUAAGAUGGAACCCAAUGGGAGCAAAUACAGUGAGAGCAGCAGAGGCCCCAGAAUUGAGCCAUGUGGAACACCACAUGACAGUGGGGCAGUACGUGACUCAGAGCAGGCUAACAAAAAAGGUUCUGUCAGCUAAAUAAGACCUAAACCACGCAAGGCCGCUACCGCCAAUGCCCACCAAUUGCUGCAAACAAGUUAACAGAGUACUGUGAUCCACUGUAUCAAAUGCUGCAGUUAAAUCCAAUAAAACCAGACACACAUAGUCUCCAGUGUCAUUUGCCAGGAAGGUGUCAUUAGAAACGCGUAACAGUGAGUAACUUGUUGUAUUACUUUGUUACUGCCUAAACAUAUCUUACUGUAACACGUUACCCCAACACUGCUGGUAGGUUAGCCAAUGUAGUGCCGUGUCCAGUAAAUCUAUAGUAUGAACCAAAUAUAGGAAUGUACCGUAUGUCUGAAAUUACUUGUCUAUUUUUCCUCAGCGUGUCUAAUUGUCCUGCAGUGAGAAAAUGGGUGUUGAGCUUCGUCAUGUUUGUUUGGUCACAUGGUAGCUCAUUAGAUAGGCCCUGUAUUGGAUUUCUUUUCAUUUGUUUAAUUUAUAUCUCCAUUUGCAACACGGUGACUCAUUCCAUUGACAGCACUUUCUGUCGUCCACAUUACGAAGCAGGCAAAUCAAUAGCUGAUAGAGUAACUCUUUACAUCCGUAUUUUUCUCGCAUUCUCCUCGCAGGCAUGUCAAUGACCUCGCCUGAACCUCUAUAUUGAACUGAGGUGAUUGCAAGGACAGUGGUGGAUGAGAGACCACAAAUCAGGCUACCGCUUCGCUUGUUUUCGUCAUUCAAUUUUCGUAGCAUGCACUCACAUACAGUACACAGAAAGCACAUUUACUGGACUUUAUGUUUAUGUGCUUGUCAUCCCUCUGGCAUUUGUUUUGGGUGGAGCUUGGCAAACGUCAAUUAUUCAUCUUACUUCUUGGUAUUAGGUGCGCAGGUGUGUGGGAGUUGGGAGAUGCGACACCUUCCUGCAUACAAAUGUACCUUUCCCAUCUUCGGUUAGUUUAAAUACAAUAAUGUAGCAUGAAUUCCCGAUAUUUUUGUCCGAUUGGUUGUCAGAGAGGUGUUAACCUAACAACAUAUUGAAUGUUUUGACCCUAAUAUUCGUAUGCAAUCCAAAUCCCAACCAAUUUUAGUCAUGGUACAGAUCAGUAGUCAGUCACCAGCGCUUGUAAACAUUCUGAACAGGUCUGCUGUAUCUUUUAUUGCAAUGUGAAUGAUCAGUCAGCUUUACCACUCGUUACUCAAGAGCACAGCGAUCGGGCACACCCGACUGAGUCCAUGACCAGAAAAAGGGUAUUCCGAAAGUUUAUGGAAAAAGAUGACCAACUGAGAGGCGCCAGUUCAAUUGUUCUCUACCUUUUAGACUUCUAUCUGUUAUCUUGUUGCUGUACUGUGUGGUAGAAGCCCACAAUUGUUGCAUCAUGGCAGCAAAUACGGUAAUCACUUCUCCUCUCUGGUGACUUUACUAUGAGAGGCGAGGUUGUUUUUUCCACAUCAGAGAUGUGCACUCUGGAGUUUAAUAACGUAAUUGUUCCCUGCAGAGGGAAGGGCCGAAGGACAACGAUCCCUGCCUGCAUUCGGGGAAUCAUAUUGCUCGUGGGUGGUGAGCACAUUCGACUGUCUGCAAAAGCCCUUUGCAGAUCAUACUGUGUGUGGUUAUGUCUUGUGUGCAGGAUUAUGAUAGCGUUUUUUUUAACAGUUCAUGAGUGUAUUUUGGUCUAAAGUUUGUUUACAUUGGGUGAAAUUCCUGCGUUUUUGUUGAUAAUUAUUGAGUGACAUGGACGUAAUCGUGCUUUUUAAGAUUGCAGAAAGCACGGUUAUGUUACUUUUAUAACGUACAUCUUUGGACAUGAUUAUUGAUGUAUAUUGUGAGAUAUAAAUUAGGUUUGUUAAUUUGUAGGGAAAAAAUGAUUUCUUUCCUGUAAACAUAUAAAGGGAUCACUACAUGCAUGUUACACUGUCCAAUCUCUGUGUUAUCCCUUGCUCUUCCUCUUCAUAUAGUUAAGGCUUUGAAUCGUGUUUCCAUUAUUUGUAUGUGUAGUUGGCGACACGCUAUUGUAUUUAACACGGUAAAUUUGAAAGCAGAAGGGUGAAAACAGGACGUACAGUAUUUGAAGCUCAUACUCAUUUGUGAGAGAAUAUGAACGUGAAAGCCUAUCCCGUUCGGUGUUUUACGCGCACAGAAAGCAACGGCUGUCGGGCUAUUUUAUAACGUACACGAUCAUAAAGCGUCGCUGUAAUCAGUUCCGGCGGGAAAAAAACAAUGACAUAACUGGGAGAACGGAUUGGAAACUGUGUUUUGCUUUAUCAGUUUCCAGCAUUCUCCCUGAGUCCAACUACUUGUUAUCAGUCUGCAUUGUGUCGCCAAUGAAAUGGCUGAUUAGUGCAAUGAGGCAAUCUGUCACUCUCACUUACACAAAUGGUACACUCCCACUCUGAUUGCUGCUCCAGCGCAUUAAUGCCGGAGCAAAUGUCUCUGGCACUCAAGCCCACAAAGCCUAAUUUGAUCUGCGUGCACACUUCCACACAAAUAAACCCACUCUGGGAUUUUCAUUCUACCCAACAAUAUGCACAUUGGGGGUAUUUAUUGCCUAUCUGAGCAUAUAAUUAUGCAAUUUUAGAUGGUGUGCACCAGAAAAAGAUGACUGUGGUGUAUGUGUUUGUUAUUGUGUGAUGCUUCUCAGCCGACUUUCCUCAUUAUCUGCGUGAUGAGACUAGUAUGAAGAAGAAGUGAAAGGAGGGAUUUAAAGGCCUCCUGGUAAUUAGCGAACGCAUUAAUUUGAACUACUCUGGAGUUAAAAGAUGUCCGGCGGAUGAGACAAACAAUCCCUUGGGUCACAUCCUGGCUUGAUUGGACGUCCUCCUGGCCAUCCAGAAGACGGAUUGCCUGCUGGAUUGAAUGUGCCUUUAUGGGCCCUGAACAUGAAUGUUUUAAGGCAGCGGCAUGUUUGUAAGUGCUCGGCGCCUGAAACUUGUUUCUUGCACAUCUGUUUUGUGUGAUGCUCUCUAGUAACCGUUUGUUUCGGACGUUUCCCUGACACUUGAUUGAUUAAGGUCACUAAACAUUGGUGUUACUUUUG